GGCUCAAAGCAUGGCUUUCGACUUGGAAGCACACAGAAUACCUCGCCCAGGGCCGGGGCUUGACUCACGUGUGCUUUUGGCUGAAGCUCGUGAGGGUGACGAAUGGACGCCGAUCUCUCACGCAUGCAGUGGAGAGUCCAUGCAGCGGAAGCAACUAUUUCAUGAUCAGCACCAUCAGGCAACCCACUAUUCUGCUUUGCUUCGGGAUGAGACGCAGUCACGCAUCAGCCGCAAGCACCUUCGGAGCAGCGUGGGCCACUUUCCACAGGGUGGUAUCUUCAUUCGGAAGAAUGUGGUGGGAUGGGUUGUCUUCAUCAACAUGCUGAUGAUUGGCCUCGAGACAGAUGGAUUCGAUUGGCCGUUUUGGCGACUGACGGAAGUUCUCUUCGCCCUCUUCUACUGCUAUGAAUUUGUUCUGCGGCUUUAUUGGAUCGGUCCGGACAUUUUUGCCAUUUGUGCGGAAACUGGCAGAGGAGAUGUGUCCAGUCUCGAGGAAACCAUCAUAUAUGUAAUAGAUGGUGCACUUGUGAUCUUGGGAGUUGCAAAUUUGGUGAUGAUAUUCUUUUUCCAAUCCAACAUGUCCUCGUGGAUGCUUUACACUCGAAUAGCUCGUGGACUGCGGGUCUUCUACCUCUUCGAGUCUCUCCAUCGCUUCGCAACAGCGCUAUCGGAGAUGUUUGCCACCCUCUCAUGGAUUUUUGGCGUCCUGACUUUCAUUGUCUACCUGGUAGCCGUGUUGCUGACGAACUACACAAAGCAAGAGCUGGACUUAGCAGGUGAGGAAGCCGAGUACUUUGGAAGCAUCGUGUCCACCAUGUUCUCGCUCUUCCAGGUGACCACCAUGGAUUCCUGGCCAGACAUUGCUGCACCUCUCGUGCAUCACAGCCUCUGGUGGCGGAUGUUCUUCGUGAUUUUCAUCGCAUUCUCGGCCUGGACAAUGAUUUCACUGGUGACAGCAGUGGUAUCAGACAAUGUCAUCCAGGCGACGCAAGACCGGAAGGAAAAGCAAAAAGAGGCACAAGAGCGAAGACGCAAGGAGUUUGUGGACUUCCUGAAAGUUUGCUUUGUGAAUGCCGAUGCAGAUGGAAAUCAAGUGCUGGACCACGAAGAGUUCGCAACCCUCAUCAAAGAUGAGCAGGUUGUGGCCAAGAUGGAAGAUCUUGGCGUGACUCUGCCCUUGCAAGAGCUGGAGAAGGCCUUUGAAAUGCUCGAUGUGGACGAGGAUGGUGAGCUCUCGAUUGAUGAGUUCACUGCAGGUCUCUCACAAUUGCAGGAGUCGUUGAAUACGAAGCACGUGGUGUCCUUGGACUAUGCUCUUCAGCGCAUCUCUGCGCAGCUCACGAAGAGAUUGGAUUCUCUGGAGACCACCGUGGGCAACCGGAGCGAUGCUAUUGUUGCCAGUGUGGACAAGCUGACGAUGAGCUUGCAAGAUUUCACGCAGACACUGAACCAAUUUGCCAAGGAUGCUUCAGCUUCGAGUGGCAAGCGCUGGUUGCCAUCACUUGGGGCCCCUCCUCGAACUUCACAGAGCUCUAGCGGCUAAGCGCCUGCUCGUCUACCUAAGUGUAGAAAGCGAGUCCUGCGCCGCCUUUGUCCGGAAGCGUUGCUCGAUGUUCUGCGGCAGAACAUCAUUCCUGUUCCGACAUCGAGGAGUGUGAAAGCGGAGCAGUUUUCGCACAUGUUCAUGGGAGGG